GAGCGCACUUUUUCUGCCUUCCACUGCAGCAGCAGGACUGCACAUACCCAGCAGCAGGGCAGCGAGGAGCUACAGGAGAGCUCGUCAGCUACAGACCAAUCUUUCCUCAUUACUUCCGCGGCUGCUGAUGAGAGCAGACAUGAUGUGGUGCUGCUCAAAUUGCGCCAAUUAGCCUCUCUGAGCAGGACGGAUGCGCUGCUUUGUGGCCGUGUGUGUACCGAGCAACACGUUACAUUUAAAAAGAAAGAGCUGAUCGAAACAGAGUCACUCAUCGGCUGUUGCGAAAAGGACGUGCCCUCUGCUCUUUACGUAAUCCUUUUUUGCGUAAUUUAACACUGGAUGUCGCGUGGAGCUGGAUUAUUUUGGCGAGGACAGCUCCGGUGCUUUUCCCCCCUCCCUGUUUCCGUUGUUGUCCUCAACAGCAGCGACAGGCUUUAGACUCAUUCAGACGGAGAAUCUGAAUGCAGCAGCGUUGUAAACAGACGAGGAGUUUACUUGAUGAAAGCCAGCAUCGCUGCAUCCCGCUCAAAGGUAGGAGUCACCCUCCAGCUCUCCCUCCAUCUCUCCGCUCACGUUCCCAUGAUGUGCGCGUUUGUUAUCGAGCAGAAUGGUGCAGUGCAUCGUUAGCACAGCGCUUCCUCAAAUGGACAGGAAAAUCUCAAAACAUAACUGAACAUUUGCACGAUUUCGUAUUUGGAUUUAAGUCAUGCAUUUAUUCUUUUUGUGGUUGUAGUGUGCCAUAACAUUGGUGGCGAGAGAGGGGGAGAAAGAGGAGGAAAUGGGGAGAGGAAAAAAUCAAUGCAUGUCUCCCAGAGUGUGAAUGCACAUGGGUUAGCGUGUUUACCGAGAGAGAGUGUGUGUGUAUUUUUAAGGCAGUCGUGCAUUGAGAAGAGCAGCAGAGGAGAUAUUGUACCCAAUUCAGUGUAUGUAUAAAGAAGCUGACAGAAAUAUAUAGUCUCUACUAUUUGUGCUGACUCUGGGAAAUAUUCACGGACGGUAAGAACUGUUCAGUUUGCGCAUAUGACUUCAUUUGGUUUAAGGAGCAAAGGGAGAAGAUGCAGACAAACAUGCAGUGUUUACACGUAAGGCUGUGACUGCAUGCUUUAUUUGCAUAUACAGCUUUUACUUGCAAAGCAAACACACGCGUAAAAUGUGAUCUAUUUGAAGAAUUGGAUUCUAAAAAGAGCAGAUACACAAAGAGCAUCAAAAUGCAGAUCAAAACAAUGACUUCUUCUAUUCCCAAACAUCUCAAAAUCAUAGACAAAUGUAGUCAAAAAAUAAAAAGUCAGUAUAAGUUGGCCAUUAUUUCUAAGGUAGACUUUACACCCGCAUAUACAAACAUAACAAACAUGUAAGUAAACGUUUGGAAGUGUUUCAGAAUCAGUUGUCUACUGGUUGUCAAUGUGGGAGGGACGGAAAAUUCACGUGUUUUGAAAUGUGGUGGUGUUAUGCUUGGAGAUUCAUUCACAGUAUUUUUGUAGUGUUGAGAUUUGAGUACUUUCUCGUUAAGAUAUGAAUGUGCACAAGCAUGUCUGUGUGUUUGUUUUUACACAACAAUUUCAAGUCUAUCUAUCUAUCUAUCUAUCUAUGAAUAUAUCUUUUUUUAUCAUCUUUGUUUCUGCUUUGUUUCAGCCGUUCGUCAGCGAUGCCUGGGAAUCCUCCAGCUGUUCCCCCGUGCUGUUCUCUGAGAACGGGAUCGUAGUAAACCUCUCUGGGAUUUAGAUCAGCUACGAGCAUGUUGCAGCCCUCCACCAGAGCAGGUGACAGCCUGUUUGGAGCAAUACCUCGCUGGAGUAAGCACCAGAGAUGGGCUCUCUCCCUCACCCUCUGCAUGGCUCUCCUCUGGCUUCCAGGGGUGGUGGGAUCUGCCCAGAGCUACCAAAAAACCUGUAUCUGUGCCUCCAACAUAGUGAGCUGCUCAAAGAUGAAUCUGAGUGCUGUCCCGACAGGCCUACCACUCUACAUGGCUGUGCUGGAUCUCAGCUACAAUAACAUACAGCUGUUGAGGUCUGAGUGGACCCCGGUUAGGCUCCCGAAGCUCCAUAACCUCCUGCUCAGUCAUAAUGGUCUCACUUUUCUGUCAUCAGAGGCAUUUGUGUAUGUGAAGUACCUUCGCUACUUGGAUCUGUCCUCAAACGGCCUGAAGUUCCUGGAUGAGUUUGUCUUUGAGCCUUUGGUGAAUCUUGAGGUCCUCCUUCUCUACAACAACCAGAUUUCUCAGAUUGAUCGCUCUGCUUUUGUCACCAUGGUCAACCUUCAGAAGCUGUACCUAAGUCAGAACCAAAUCAGUCGUUUCCCUCUAGAGCUGGUCAAAGAAAGAUCUCGACUAGAUAAACUAAGCCUCUUGGAUGUGUCCUCCAACAAGAUCAAGAUUUUACCCACUGAUGAGCUCCAGGUGCUGCCUGCCUGGAUUAAAAAUGGCCUCUACUUCCAUGAUAACCCCCUGCUGUGUCACUGUGAUCUCUACACACUCUUAGCCCACUGGUACAUCCGGAAGUUUAACUCAGCUCUGGACUUCAAAGACAACUACACAUGCAUCCUGCCCGGCCCACAAAAAAUCUCAGAGCGUGUUUUUGAUCUGAGUGGCGACAGCAUGAACUGCAGUACAUUCAAGGAGAAAGAUGAAGAGGCUUAUUUGGAGCAAAGACUAACCCUUAACUGUGACACCAAACACAGGAAGAUGUCCAAGACCUGGAUGAUGCCUGGAAAUGUGAUGGUGUCACCUGGAACCAACCAGACAGCCAAAGUGUUGAAAGAUGGGAAUCUGGAGAUCAGUCCAGUAAAAGCAGAGGACUCUGGGACCUACACUUGCAUCGCAAUGAGCGAGACCUUCAAUGAGACCAUCUAUGUGGUGCUGAAGGUCCACAAUUUCACCAUGCAGGGGAGUGGGGAGACCCUAAAUACGGCGUACACCACCUUAGUGGGCUGCCUGGUGAGUGUGGUGCUGGUGCUCAUGUACCUUUACAUGACACCUUGCCGCUGCUUCUGCUGCCCCAAUAAAGGUAAAACUCGCGGGGAAGACAGCAUCCACUCAUCCAUGCUCAGUGUGACGCCCACCCAUGAGGACCCAGCGCUAAAGGCGGAACUGAACCGGCACGUAGCGUUCGUAGACUCAAAGGACCUGCAGGGCCAGAAUGGAAAGCUGAACCCAAACGGGGAGGAGGAUGAUGAGGAUGAUGAUGAUGAGAUAGAUGCAGAGGCUGGUUCUCUUGUGAAAGGGAAGAGGAAGAAGUCAGUAGCAGAGUCCAUCAGCUCCGUCUUCUCGGACACUCCUAUGGUGGUCUGAGAAUAAACAGGCAGAGAUGACGUGAAUGGAUUUUAAAAACACAAAACGGACCAUUUCCAGCUCAUGUAACUCAUGACUGUCACUACUUAAACAGAAAAUAAGGAUGGAUUUCCCUCUCUGGUUGUUGGCAAGUGAAAAUCUGGAUCUCAAAAGGAAUAAAUGAACAAACUAUGUUGUUGUCUGAAAUGACAACAAGCAAGACUCUUCCAGCAUAUUAAUGUGUAGCACUUAUUAUUUAUACUGUGAAGGAAUGGCAGAGGACAGGAAAAGUGGAAAAUACUAAAGUCUGUAGAUGAUACUGUUUAUUGUUAAUAUCAGCACUCAGGAAGAGAUCAAACCAACUUAAAGUGUGGGGAAAUACAUGUUUCACAUAAAUCACAGGUUGUAAGUAGUUACAAAAAUAGAGAAACCACUUUUUUUUUAACCACAGCUGGCUAAUUGUAGUAUUUAUGACAAUGAUUAGACUGCCUGAUUAGAUUAAACUGCAUCUCAAAUAUAGACAGCUGAGCAUAGAUGCUUAACCCCACCUCAGUCAGGGACAUAGACUAACACAGGCUGGCACUAACAGGUUGUGAACACAUCCCAACUUUAGGCUUGAGUCAUUUGUAGAAAGAACAGCAUGUCAGACACACAUUGUCUGUGUUUUAGGUCAGGUCUAUCCUACUGUUUGGCUGAUACUUCCUGUAGUAGCACUGAGAGAUGGUUAAUCAACUAAUUGUUGUUCAUAUUGAAGAGGUAUGUGCAGCCUGAAGACUCUGCAUAAAACACAGGACGGGACAACAGCUCCCCAAAAGUGAAAGUUAAACUUUUAGUAUUCUGCCUGAUGAAUAGCUGCAGUAUAGAUCAUAAAGCCGACCCACUUAUUACAACAGAUAGAAUAACUGUUCAUUUUCCAACAAAGUUUAUUUAAUGAAGAAAGUCAGGAUGAGAUGUCACAGGGUAGAGAUGGCUGGAGAAAAAGAAAUUAACUCUAACACAGGAUUUAUUGAACUUUAUAUAAGCAUCAUUGUCUGCUUCAAAUCAACUUAGUAAUAUGUGCUGCUGUGGACUGAGGGAUCUUUGAUCUUAUGGAGGCAGUUUUGUCAGAAGGUUAAAUGAGUGUUUUGAUCAGCAGUAAAGACAUCAGUCCUUUGGCUCCACUAGCCAGAUGAUUUCUGUGCAUGUCUUUGCCCCAGAAUACUUAGAAGAGCAUAAUAUAUCAACAUCUAGGCAGGAUUUUAGCUUCACUUAAACAAUGGUAGGAGAUGGUGGUGUGUCAUUAUAGUUAUUAGAAAGUCAACCAUAUAGCCAUAGAAAAUGAGGGUUGUUUUUUCCACCUACAGUUUAAAUAUGAACACAAAGUAAAAUAGAUGACCAGCUAAAAAUGAACCCCGGUGUAACUAAAUAGCUGUCUCUCAGUUCUUGCUCGUCAUUAUCAUUUGUAAAAACUCAAAAGAAACAGCUAGAGCCUUAAAUACACGGAGCAUUUCCAUUCACUCUUGACACACAAUAAGCAUGUCUCAUUUAAAAAUACAUGACAUAGACAUGAACAGACAAGCAGUGAAUCAUCCAGGUCAAAUUAUGGUUCACUCUGGCUCAUACUGUUCCUGUCUCUCUCUCCAGGGUGUAAAACAAGCACCUCAUGUAAAAGCCUGGAAUACUAUGUAUUAACCUUAAAACAUGAAUUUACCGACAUUCACAGGUCACUGAGUUUAAAUUAUUGUCAAAUUAUAUUGAUAAGUAAACAACAAGUUAAUGCUGCAAUAUUAACCUAUUCUCUGUUCAAUUUAAAAUAAGCACCCUACAUCAAAUCCUUAAAUAUUUGAUUGAACUUUGACUUAAAAAUGAUAAAUCUUUGGGCAUUGUGGGGUCAUAAACAAAAAUUUUCAAAGUGCUCAGAUGGACAACCACCAGACUCAGUGAUGUGAAAUGUUGCUGUUUAGAAAGAUUUCCGACAUAAAAGCAGGAAAACCUGUCUGCUAUAAGAUCAGACCUGCAGGUAAGGCAUAAUCAAAGCUGAAUAUGGUUUGUUUGGCAUUUUUUAUUUAACCUCUAUUUAACCAGGAAAUAUCCCAUUGAGAUUAAGAAUCUCUUUUUCAAGGGAGUCCUGGUCAAGGGGCAGCAAACACAAAAUACAGUUAGACACAGAACUUAAACACAUCAUCAGAAACAAGUGCACAUUGUGAAAUUGGCCUCAAUAACUCUCAGUUUAGAUUUAAAAGUGUUAAAAAAAAAUUAAGUCAGUUAGUUUCCAGUCCUUCUGUAGCAUAUUCCAUGCAUAAGGUGCAGAGUAAACAAAUGCCUAUUAGCUUAUGUUAGUUAGUCCUGACAGUGUCUUUUACAGUCAUCGUUAAAUAAUGUAAAUUUUUGCAUAUUCAGAUUUAAGAUGCCUCCUUUGCUGAGUAUAUUUCACUAUCAAGGUUAAAAACUGGGGACUGUGUCUCUGUGUAAACAAGAAGGAGAGAUUUAAUUAAACGGUGAGGGGUUUAACUGCAAGGCUAAAUUGAUAGAAAUGCUAGUUGGAUCUUCUGAUGGGUUGCAGCAGCUUGCCUCUGCUUCUCACGUCUUUGUCUUUGCGAGCAGAAAAGGAUAGGUGUGUUAUCAAAGCCACACAAAGCCAUUCUCUUUGUACACAAACAGCCUCAAUUCAGCCCAGAUACGUCUGCUUUGUUUGUGUUCCUCAGUCAUUAUGUGCCUGCCCUUAUGAAGUUCAAAAGCAAUCACUCAGCCAGACGAUGAAUGUGAUGCCCUUUACGUUGUCUGACAUGUGUUUAUGAGGGAAACACCUGCAGUUUUUUUUUUUUAUUUCGCAUUAGAUUUCCUACUAAAACAGUGGGGUGGAGGGUAAAAUGUAAGAUUUAGGAAAGUAUAAUAGCAGUUCAUGUUUAGUACCUCUUAGUUUUCCAGUUUAUAGCACAUAGAGGAAUAAAUAGUUUCAGAUUAUAAGUUUUAAUGUCAGUAGAGUUGUCAGACAGUAAGAUGUACACAUUUAAGAGUGCAAUAGGGUUUUACGCAAAUUUAAUGUUAUAUUCACAGUUGCAAUGUGCACCGCAGCAACUCUUGUGUGGGUGAGAAGAGGAAGUCACACUUCUCAGAGAGGUUGGUGUGUGAAUCAUCCCGUUCCUCACACAGGAAUACCAGGUGGAGAAAGGGAUAGCAGCAAAAAAUACCACAAGACGCACUCAAAUGAAGCCACAUUUAGCACCAGCGCAGACUCGCUCUGGUUGAUGAGAAUCCAGUCCAUUUUCAGGAGAUUCAGGCUCCAGGUUUUGCCCCUUGGAAUAGAUAAAUAAGAGCUGUUUCCUGCUUUUUCAUCCUGAGAUCAAUUUAAAUUUCCUCAGGUUUCACAGCCUGGCUACUCAAGUCCUCACAAGGAGCCACUGAGAGCUAGCCACAGAAUCUGAGACUGCUGAAAACUCAUCACACAGGUUUUAUGGCUGUUAAAGGGCACACACUGUACUGCCUGAAAAUCAAGGAAUAUCAUGUUUCUGUCUUGAAGUCAGCGAGUGUCAGUCAAGUUAAAUCUGCUGUGACUAAUAGAUGGUCUUCUGGUUGUUGCUCAGACUACGAGGUUCAGCGCUGUUAAAAGAAACAAAGUGUUUUUGGUCCUGAUGUGGAGGAUAAGCUAGGCUUUGUUCUUUCCAAAGCAAAUCUGCCUUCCUAUAUAUAUCUCUAUAUACCGUAUAUAUAUGUAUUAAGGUUCACUUUUCUGUGUGUUCAGUAUUGAUUAGUUGUGUAAUGCUAUGUUCUACCAGUGUACUAACUGUAUUCUUGUAUAAUCUAAAAUGUUGAUCAUUUUGCAUUUCGUCUGCCGCUGUGCUGCUAGCUGUUUCAAACUUUAAGUCUUAACAUAAAUGUUUAUUUUUUAAGCAGGGCGGGGUUUAGUUUUUUAUUGAAAUAAUAGGAUGUAUUUUGCAUUUGAUUCUGCUACAGAAUUAGGUUAAAAAAAAAAGACAUGUUAAAAUGUUUCUAACAGAGGUGCAUGAGUGACGGACAGUUCUGGAGCUUGAUUGGUCUUGAUGGGCAGUGAGUAUGUAGCUGGUAGUUAUUUUCAGUCAGUAUUUGACUUUAGUUAUUAAGCCAUAAAGAAUUCAGGAGAAAAGAAAGACUGAUAAGUUUGGUGACUUUGUCAGGUAAUAUGGGUAAGUGUUACAAUAAAUAAUUUAUGACAAUUAAAGCAACAAUUUUUCUGUAAAAAGUUGGAGAGUAUUUUUUUUAAGCUAGGAGUGAUAUCAGCAGCCAUAAACAAAAUCCUGAAACACUAUGAUAUUUUUGAAAAGAUCUGAAGACAGAGGGUAAUUAAAUCUCAGGAGAUGUGUCUGUUUUAAGUUUUAAAGUUAUGAGAGAACUUAAAGCUUGCUUUUUUCAAGCAGCAUCAAUAAGACAAAAUCCAGGUUUUCAGAUUGGUGCAGUUUCCAGGCUCUUUGCUAUUUGCAGUAAUAGAUCAUUAGCUGUCGUCUUAAUGAUCACUUCAGGGAAGGGAGUGGCGUAUCACUGCCAGCAAACAUCUUUCUCCAUUUAUCCCACUAUGAAGUAGCAAAUUACAGGAAAACAUCCUCGAGGCAAUGGAGCUAAAAGCCUUCCACACAUCGGAGCUUUUAUCUGCAUUAAAAGCUCUGAGUUUAUUGACCACAGCUCUGAAGACGAGCUGUUGGUCAUCACCAUAAACCCUGAAAGGUCUCGCAGCUGAAGUGGAAUGGCUUUGCAUGGUAUGCUUAAGAGCUUUUCAGACUGCAGGAGAGGUGAAAACUAGUAAGCAUAAGAAGAUUGAGAACACUGGAUUUUAUUUGGCUUAAUAAAGAUCAAGAUUCACACUGUG